UGGGCCCCCAUUCACCAGGAAGAUGUCAGCUGAAAGUGUGGAAAGGUGGGAUGGUAUCGGUAUCAAACGACGAAUACAUCUAAAAUGCACUGAUGAGUACGAACAAACCGGAAAUGGAAUAUUCAUAUGUAACGGGAAUGGUAAAUGGAAGAGUGAUAUGGUUUGUAAUGGCAAAAGACUUGGGUGUUUCGAAGACAACGAGACGCGAUCCUUUGACCCUAGAAAUUACCACAGACUUCAAAACAUGGACGCAUCUGUUUGCAGAGACCACUGCCUGAAAAUUGAUCAAGAAUUCAAAUACAUUGGACUUCAGCAUGGCUCGGCCUGUUUUUGUGGACAUCAUGUAAAGUUCUGGAACAGACGUUCGGACAAUGAAUGUUAUAUAACCUGUCCUGGCAAUGAGAAAGAAACAUGUGGAGGGGAUUGGAGAAAUGAGAUUUUUACUGUUUGAGUAAAACAGAAACACAUUGACAUUCUUUCAGUUUCAAUUUAUAUUA